AUGGCAAAAAGACUUCGAGAAAAUGGAAAUGGAGAUACGAAAAAUGCAAAGCCAAAGAUUGGUGCUGGCAAGAAGUUAAUCAUCAAUGCAUUCGUUGAGAUGUGUAGUGGUCAUCAGUCACCAGGCUUGUGGAGACAUCCUGACGAUCAUUCGCACGAGUUUAACAACGUCGAGCACUGGGUAGAGCUUGCGAAGCUACUUGAGGAAGCCAAAAUACACGGAAUCUUUGUAGCCGACGUGCUCGGUGGGUAUGAUGUUUAUAACGGCAAUCUUGAUGCUGCAAAAAUCUCAGGCGCGCAAUGGCCAGUCAACGAGCCUUUGGCUAUUGUAAGCGCAAUGUCUGCAGUGACCAAGAGCAUUGGAUUCGGCGUGACUGUUUCGACAACAUAUGAACAGCCAUACCACCUUGCUCGGAGAUUAUCGACCAUCGACCAUCUUUCGAAGGGAAGACUCGGUUGGAAUAUCGUGACAAGCUAUCUCGACUCGGCUGCGCGGAAUAUGGGUAUGAAAGAGCAAUUACCACACGAUGAGCGCUAUGCCCAGGCUGAGGAAUACGUAAAGGUCAUGUACAAGCUGUUAGAGUCAUCUUGGAGAGAUGAUGCAGUUGUGCUGGACCGGAAGAAGGGAGUGUAUACGGUACCUGAUCGGGUGCGCGAGAUCAACCACGAAGGGAAGUAUUUCAGCGUGCCUGGCCCUCAUAUCUGCCAACCAAGCCCGCAACGCACACCUCUGAUUCUCCAGGCGGGGGCAUCGAAAGCAGGUAAAAGCUUUGCAGCACAGAACGCAGAAGCAAUAUUUGUUUCCGCCCAUGCGCCUGAGGUCUGUGCAAAGAAUGUCACGGAGAUCCGACAAAUUGCCUCAUCGCAGUUCGGUCGGGACGGAAAGAACAUCAAAUUUAUUGCUCUUGUAACUCCCAUCAUUGGCCGCACUGAGGAAGAAGCUCAGGCUAAGCUUGCUGAUUAUCGAAGAUACGCGUCUUUGGAAGGAGCGUUGACGCUGUUCUGUGGUUGGACUGGGAUUGACCUUGGUAAGUAUGGAGACGACGAGGAACUGAGACACGUAGAGAGCAAUGCUGUACGAUCUACUGUCGAAGGCUACGCUCGCUUUUCCCCUGGGACCUCAAAAUGGACGAAACAUACAGUCGCGGAACACGUGAGUAUCGGCGGGAAUGGUCCCAUCCUUGUUGGAACUCCAUCGCAAGUAGCGGAUGGGUUGCAAGUUUGGAUUGACGAGGCCGAUAUUGACGGUUUCAACGUGGCGUACGCUCUCUUCCCGCAGUCUUUUAAAGACGUGAUUGAGUUGCUACUUCCUGAGCUGAAGAAGCGAGGUUUGUUCUGGGAUGAUUAUGCUGUGCCUGGUGGCACAUAUCGAGAAAACUUUUACGCGAAGAAAGGACAGAAAGGUCCGCUCGAGGAGCACGUAGCAUCAACAUAUCGAUGGAAGGCGGGAAUUGAUGCUAAGGACCAUGUUAUUCCAGAGUAA